UGAGCGCCGGGGGGGCAGGAGCGUGGGGGCUGGGGGGCUGGGGGAGGCAGCCUGGCUGGGGGGCUCCGGGCAGCCUUCGGGGCUGGCUGUACCCCCGGCCGGCAGCCCCCCAGUGCUCGGGGCGGUGCGAUGCCGUCCCACGGGAAUGCCUCGUCGCAACUCUGGGGGGCUUGGGGGCACCCCCCCCGCACGCUCCCACCCGGCUUUGCCCCCACCUCCGCCCCCGGGGCUAUUUGUGGCUGGGCAGCUCCUCGCCCCGCAGCCGGGUCCCCGCUCCCACCGGCCUCUCCUUCCCCUCCCAGGCAUCGACUUCAAAAUCCGGACGGUGGAAAUUGAUGGGAAGAAGAUCAAGCUGCAGGUCUGGGACACGGCGGGGCAGGAGCGCUUCAAAACCAUCACGACAGCCUAUUACCGCGGGGCCGUGGGCAUCAUCCUGGUGUACGACAUCACAGAUGAGAAAUCCUUCGAGAACAUCCAGAACUGGAUGAAGAGCAUCAAGGAGAACGCGUCUGCCGGUGUCGAGCGGCUCCUCAUCGGCAACAAGUGUGACAUGGAGAGCAAGCGCAAAGUGCAGCGGGACGCCGCCGAGAAGCUGGCCAAGGAGCACGGGAUCCGCUUCUUCGAGACCAGCGCCAAGUCCAGCGUGAACGUGGAGGAGGCCUUCAGCACGCUGGCACGGGACAUCCUGCAG